CAUCGGACGAGCCUGUGGCAAGUGCCUCCGCGGAUUGUAGUGAGGAAAGGAGAAGCCCAGCAAGCGUAUGCGGUUACACCUUGUACACAGAUGGCCGCGUGACUCGUAUCUUGUCUAUUAGCUACACAAAUGAACGUAUAUGCACGUAUAGGUAGGUGUACAUGAAUAUCUCGCCACAACGAAGGCUGACGGGGAAAUAUGUAAUCAAACCAACGAAAAGCAAGCAUCUUUAUGGCAGCACGUAGACAUACCGCCUGCUCCCGUAUAGACUGAGACUCGACGACUCGAGUGUGGAUUUUCAAGUUUGGAUUUACCAACAGGCAGCACCAAGGGGAAGCUACAAUUUUUAAAAGGAUAUAAUUUGAAAACGUGUCGUAUCUUGCCUAUUUUGAGGGAAUAUUGUUUUUAAACAAUUAAUGGCAAUGAAUUGUAAUUUAAAGGUCGCUUGAGCAACGUUUGAAAUAUUUUGGUUAGCUAUAGAGCUACAUGACAGGGAAAUAUACAUUAUAGGGCUUUAGCUAGCUUGCUAGCUGUCUGGUACCAGCUUGCCUAUAAUACAUCCGAACGGACGUCAACGAGAUGAUACAUUUUGAAUUUACCUGAGGAGAUUCACCUUUUACACUUUGAAGGAGGGAUUUAUCCAGAAAAGGAGGGAAAGGGACUCUAACUUCCCUCUCUCCCAGAGACUUGAAAGACUUUCCUUGGCCUCUGUUUGUGUGUAUAUAGGUUGGCUGAGGUGAAGGUUUAUUGAGGUACCCUCAGAAAGUGCAGGGGAAAGGCUAUGUACUUUAGGAGAUGGAGAGAAGGAAAGUAAGGAUCGAAAGUUAGUGUUGGUCGGGUGGAGAAAAGAAGCACUGUGCUGCUUAUCCGUUACCUCUGUAAAGACUAAAGAAAGGAGAGGAGAGAAGAAGGGAGUCUAAUCUAGUGGCAGGGCCCAGUCUCGUAGUCACCAGAAACGCUGGAAGAACAGCAGCCAGAGAACCUAGAAGGUGGGUAAGAAGAGGACCACAAAAGAGAGGAGACGGGGACUGAAGGAGAACCAAAGGGUCGGAGGAGAGGACGGGGAGGAGGAGGCGGCGCAUCCCCAUGGCGACGGACCCUGGGGAACCCACAGGGACGGAGGACUCUUCGGAGAAACCUGUUGGCGCACGGGAGGAGGAGACAGACCAGGAGAGCAGCAGGAGGGAGAGGACACACAGCACCCCCUCAGACUUCCCCUCCUCCCAGACCCAAGAGAGGAGAACCGCAGAGGGAGGGGAGACGGGAGGCGGCGGUGGAAGGGGUGGGGGGCCCGGAGAGACCAGGGACAGUAAGGAAGUGGAGACCCUGGCGGUUAGACCCAUGUCUCUCUCCACACCCUCGUCCCCGGCUGCGACUGCGGCGGCUUCAAGGUCAGGGGGUCACGGGCCGAGACUGAGGAGAGAGAAGCGUUUCUUCAGGAAGAGUGUGGAGAUCUGUGAGGAGGACGAUGUGGUAGCGGAUCCCCCAGUUGUCUCCCACUCCGCCCCCCACCUGCACUCAGUCAUCACCCUUGGUGGCGCCCAGGCCGCUACCGCCGCCUCUGCAGCCCUGGGACAUGACACGGCCGACCACGACCCAUCCAGCCUCAGCUCCACCCAGGACCCCGGGGCCAAGGACGCCCCCUCUUCCGCCCCACCCCAGACGGGGAAGGAGCGAGACAGGGAGCAGGAGGAGGAGGCAGAGAUGAAGGCCGUGGCCACCUCGCCGGGGGGGAGGUUUCUGAAGUUUGACAUUGAGCUGGGGAGGGGUGCCUUCAAGACCGUUUACAAAGGCCUGGACACUGAGACCUGGGUGGAGGUGGCCUGGUGCGAACUACAGGACCGUAAGCUGACCAAGGCGGAGCAGCAGCGUUUUAAGGAGGAGGCAGAGAUGCUGAAGGGCCUCCAGCACCCUAACAUUGUCCGUUUCUAUGACUCCUGGGAGUCAGUGCUGCGAGGGAAGAAGUGCAUCGUCCUGGUCACCGAACUCAUGACCUCGGGAACCCUCAAAACGUACCUGAAGCGCUUCAAGGUGAUGAAGCCCAAGGUCCUGAGGAGCUGGUGUCGUCAGAUCCUGAAGGGCCUCCAGUUCCUCCACACUCGGACCCCUCCCAUCAUCCACAGGGACCUCAAGUGUGACAACAUCUUCAUCACCGGCCCUACCGGCUCCGUCAAGAUCGGAGACCUGGGAUUGGCCACUCUCAUGAGGACGUCCUUCGCCAAAAGUGUCAUAGGUACCCCUGAGUUCAUGGCUCCAGAGAUGUACGAGGAACAUUAUGAUGAGUCUGUUGACGUCUAUGCCUUUGGGAUGUGCAUGUUGGAGAUGGCCACCUCAGAAUACCCCUACUCAGAGUGCCAGAACGCUGCGCAGAUCUACCGCAAAGUCACCAGCGGUAUAAAACCAGCCAGUUUCGAUAAAGUCAACGACCCAGAGAUCAAAGAGAUCAUUGGCUGCUGCAUCCGCCAGGACAAGAGUCAGAGGCUGUCCAUCCGGGACCUGUUGACCCAUGCGUUCUUCGGGGAGGACACCGGGGUGCGUGUGGAGCUGGCGGAGGAAGACACUGGCUGUCAGGACUGCCUGGCCCUCAGGAUCUGGGUGGAGGAGCCAAAGAAGCUGAAGGGAAAACACAAAGACAAUGAGGCCAUCGAGUUCAGCUACGACCUGGAGAACGACAGCGCAGAGGAGGUGGCUUCGGAGAUGGUGAAGUCAGGCUUCUUCCACGAGAGCGACGCUAAGGUGGUGGGUAAAUCCAUCCGUGACCGCGUCACGCUCAUCAAGAAGUCCCGUGAGAGACGCCAGCAGCAGCUGCUCCGACAGAAGCAAGGCUUUGAUGAGAGACGGGACUCCACCCUCACCUCCUCCACCUGCUCUCACCUCUCCUCCCUGGGGCCUGGGGUGGCUGUGCUGACAGGGGGAGGUGGGGGAGGAGGAGGGCAGGGUGAGGUUGAGGAGCUUCCAGAGGUGGAUCAGCAUGUGAGGCAACAGCAGCAGAUCCACAGUGGGAAUCCUCUGAGCCUGCCCACAGGAGGUGAGAGCAUUGGCUCAGCCAGCUGUGAGUCCUAUGCCAGUGGCCAGAGCCAGGCAUACCCUCAGCAAGGGGAGUCAUAUGUGCUCUCUCAACCCAGCCUCCCUGCUGCUGCCUCGGCAUUUUUGGCCCACCACGAAAUGCUCCCGAUUGGUCAGAGUGGAGGAGUUCCGAACGUGCCUACUGGUCAGAGUGGUGGGAUUUCCGCCAUGUGCAUUGGUCAAAGCAGUGGUGGGGCACCUGUUGGUCAGCAGACUUACAUUCAGCCUGUUGCUAUAGCAACGCACGUCUCACCAGGUGUACCACAGCAGUAUUCUCAGUCAUACCAUUCAGAUGGAUCACAGAUCACACCAAUGGCCCCUUCCCAGUCCUGCGCACCCCCAGUUUCACCCCAAGCCCAGCUUAACAUUCUUCCAGCUCCCAUAUCAGUGGGAGACCCAACAGGACUAGUGGGAGUUGGUGACAUGGAGGCCAUGGUCCCUCUCCCACAACAGACCCAGGCCAAUGUCACUCCUAACAUCAUGCAGGCCUCUGACAUCCAGAUGACACCCCAGCCUUUAACCCAGCAAGCGCAACCUUUCAUUAUUACCCAACAGCAGACCAUUGUUCAACAACAGCAGAUACUGAUGGAGCCACAGCAGCAGCAAAUGGAGGCUCAACAAACCACCCUGCUUCAGCAGCAACAACCACACCAACAACAACAAGCCAAUGUAAUUCCCCAGAAGCCGGUACUGAUACAGCAACAUAUAGAACAACAGCAGCAGACUAUAGCAAUCCAACAGCAGCAAACUACUGAGCUUCAGCAGCAAGUGUAUGUGCAGCAAGCUUUGGUUCAGCAGCAGCAGCAAAUGCAACAGCAUCCUCAGCAGCAGGCCUUACUACCACAACAGCAAUCAAUGGACCAACAGCAGCAACAACAACAGGCAUUGUCAUUACAGCUAGUGGAUCAAACCCAAGCCUAUGUGCAACCACCGCUAAACGACCUACAACAGCAGCAACAACUGCAACAGCAGCAAACAUUGUUGCUACACCAACAGCACCAGAUUGAACAUCAGCAACAACAACAAGCGAUGUUACUAGAACAACAACAGCAAGUGUACAUACAACAGCAGCUUGAGCAACAGCAGCAACAGGUGUUGCUACAAAAGCAACAACAGGCACGGCUACAACAGCACCAACUGGAGCAACAGCAAGCACUGUUACAACAGCAAAUAUUUGAGCAACAGCAGCAGCAAGCGAUGUUACAGCAGCAGCAACAAGAGCAGCAGCAAAAGCAAGCCUUAAAGCAACAGCAACAACAGGCGCAACUACAGCAACAACAGCUAGAGCAACAGCAAGCGUUGUUACAACAGCAGCAGUUCGAGCAACAGCAGCAAGCGCUCCUACAGCAGCAACAACAACUGGAGGCUCACCAAGCGAGCCAGAUCCAACAUCAACCGGAAAUGGAUCUACAACAGCAGCAACCACUGCAUCAACAACAGCAAGCUGUGCUGCAACAACCGACCCAACUACAACAACAGGCGGUCGUCAGUCAUCCAAACGACUCACAGCAAGCUGUGCUACAGCAACAGUUGGAACAACAGCAAGCCCUGCUACAACAGCAACAGCUUCAGCAGCAACGAGCAGUUUUACAGCAGCAGAAAUUGGAGCAACAGCAACAACAGGCACAACUGCAACAGCAGCUGGAGCUACAACAGCAGCAAGCUUUGUUACAACAACAGAUCGAGCAACAACAGCAACAGCAGGCGUUGCUACAACAACAACAAGCAGAGAGACUGCACCAACAGGCUUUGCUACAACAGCAGCAGCAACAGAUUCAACAACAGCAAGAGACGGGGCAAUCGCAGCAGCAAACCGCCAAUAUUCAAUUUCAACAAAGCGAGAAACAAGAGACCACUUUGAUUCAGCAACAAUGUGAGCAGUUGCAAGCUUUGAUUCAACAGCAACAAAUUGAUGUGUGUUUGUUGCAGCAACAACAACAACAGCAAAACACUGCUAUGUUUCCACCUAGUCACACUAGCCUAACGCAGCAGCAAGUGACAGAACAACAGCAAGUAGCGCUGAUGCAGCAGCAGCAACAACAAGCUGUAUUACUGGAGCAACAACAACAAGCGUAUGUUGUCCAGCAACAACAGCAGGGCCAUCAGAGUUCUGUCGUUGAACCUCCUUCUCAGAUACCCCUUGUUGCCCCAACCCUACCAGCAGCAGAGGUUAUACAGGCCAUGCAGGUCCAAGCUCAGAUGGCUGCCCAAGCCCAGGGUCAGGGGCCAAACCUCCUGGGCCAUUUCCCAGUCCCAGUACUCCAGGCCCAGCCCCAGCCUCCACUCAAAGUCCAGUCCAAGAUGAACGAGGUCCAGAUUCCACCUCACGUGGUGGCCCCGAUCCAGGCACCAAGUCCUCCGAUCCCUAUCCAGUCCCAGGCUCCUAUAGUACAGGCUAUCCAUCAAAUCCCAGCCCAAAUCCAGGCCCAGGCUCCAGUGCAGUCACUCAUCCAGCAGACUCCCCAGCCUCUGCAUCCAACCCAAGCUUUGAAUCCGAUUCCAGCAGUUGUUGAGACUCAGAUGAUGCCUCCUAUGAGGCAGAGUCCAGCUCUGGUCCAACCCCAACCUCCAGUCUCAAUAACCGCCAUGCACAGCCAGAUCCAAGCUCAACCCCAGCACGAGUCUCCAGUGCAGCCCAGUGUUCAGCUCCCAGGUCUAGCGCAGCCUCAACACCGCCCCCAUGCUCCAGCUGUACUACUGGCACCCCAGUAUGUCACUGCACCUCAGCCCACCCAACAGCAAGCCAUACAGCCAGUCCUGCAACAACAACAUCAGGACAUCACACAACAAGUUACCCAGCAACACCAGCAGGUACUGUUGGAGCAACAGCAGUCCAUGGUGCAGUACCAGCAGAUGAUGCUGUCUCCUGGAUCUGUUGGUGUUGGAACUGUCAUGGCGGCCCCUGCCCCCAAAGUCAUAGACCCUACCACCUUGGUCUCUGCUUCGCCUCAACACAUACAACAACAGACUGGGCAAGUGUAUAACCAAGGCCAACAGGUACAGCUACAACCACAGGUACAGCUACAGCCUGUCCCACAGCCACAACAGCAGCAGCUGCAAGUAACAGGAAGCCCAGCUGUGGUGCAGCCAUUAAACCAACCCAUACCUCAGGCUCAGUCUAAAUCUAUGCUGCCUCAACCCAUUCCCAUGGAGCAAUACCAACAGCAACAGCUGGUGCAACAGGUUCCACAAGUCAUACAACAGACACUCCCACAGCAGCUUCAGGCUCAGACAACCCCAGCCCCAAUUCAACAGGCUCUGCAGUCUCAGCAUCAGCAGGUCUCAAAUCCCGACCCAAGUCAACUGGCUUAUCAGCUUCCUCAGAUCCCCCCACAUCUGUUGCCCCAGCAGCCUACUGUUAACCCAGCACAGACAGCAUCCCCCAGAAACGUGCCCCUGCUCGGGUCUCAGACUAGAGCCCUACCCUUGUACAGUCAGGUAGUAGCAGGAGCAGGAGGCUGCAUUGGCGGACUCCACCACCGAACAACAGCCCCUUCUGAAUCCUUCCCAGGCUACUUCCUUCCCUCUUCCACAGAUGCCCCCCAGUCCUUCUCAUACAUCGUCUCACCCCCACCCUGCUUCCUGCCACCCCUCCAUCCUGCUACCCCUGGCCCAGAGACCCAGCCCACCCCACCAGAGAGCCAACUAACCCUGUCUGGCCUGGCUGAUGUCCCCUCGGGCCUGACCUCUCCCCCGGCUGUUGCCGCCACUGCCCAGCCCCUUGACUCUAACGCCCCCUCGCUGCUGCACCCCACCUCAACCUCACUCCAAGACUGUGACCCUGCUCUGCUGGGCAUUGCUCAGGAGAGUCCAAACCAGUCUGGCACAGAGAGACACUCCUCUUCAGGUGCUGUUCCAACCAAUGGGGAUGGGGAUCUACAGAUGUUAGCCAAUGGAAAACUAGAGAGGGUGAAGUCUCAGAGGAGAUUGUCCUAUCGGGGGGCAGAAAAGGGAUCCCAUGCAUUUCAACUGAGUAUGAUCCAGGUGUCCGGCUCUGGUGACAACAUGGUGGAGUGUCAGCUGGAAACCCACAGCAACAAGAUGGUCACCUUUAAGUUCGACACAGAGGGAGACGCACCUGAAGACAUCGCAGAUUAUAUGGUGGAGGAGGAUUUUGUCCUUGAGUCAGAGAAAGAUACAUUUGUGGAAGAGCUGAGGUCCAUUGUCAAGAGAGCUCAGGAAAUUCUCCUCACACAUCAACAGACUGGAUCUAUGGAACAGCUGCAUGUGAGCACUCCAACAGGUACAGCAAUGGACUGGGCGCCUCAGUCGUCUCCGGUGGGCAGAUGGAGGUUCUUCAUCAACCAGACCAUCAGACACAGAGACUCCACGUCCAACCAGGGAGGAGCGUCCACCCCUCCACCUCUCUCGACCGGAGAGGUCAGGGUGCCCCAGUCUACAGACACUGACAGAGAGGGGGGCGGAGGAUCCCAGAGAUCGGACUCCUCCUUCGCUGGAAUGGUCUCCUCUCCUCCUCCCCGCUCCACGUCCACCCUGUGUGUCCCUGCCACCGCCUCCUCACCCCCUGCCUCCGCCUCCACCGUUUCUGCCCCUGCCUCCAUGUCUGCCCCCCCAGCCCCUGCUGCCCCUGCUCCUGACACGACGGCCUCUGCUGCCUCUGACAGUAGGGUUUCCACCCUGACUUCUAGUCUCGCUAGUGCAGUUGUUGCCUCAGUCCCACACCCAGUCCCCGCUGCCUCGGCUAGGCUAGGCCUAGACCUGCAGGCUUCCAUUAACCCAAAUUCCAGUGCCACCACAGCAACAUCCUCCAUUCCAACCACCGCUGCCAACCUCCCAGUCACUUCCAUUGUAGCUGCUUCUGCCACCAUCGCGCCCACUACCACCCCCUCUCCAACUGAAGCUCAGACCUCCCCAGCUACAAGUAGGGGCUCUAUGGUGAGCCAGGGCCGAGGACCAAGCCUUGGUGAUGUAGUAAAGGUGGCCACCCUAGGACAGUGUGUGUCUGGAGGGGACCACUCAUCCACUGGCUCAAUCCACCCACCAGUGGCUGUGGCUGCAGCCGUGGCCUCUCCUCCUGUUAGCCGUGCCGGUCUGGAGCAGCAGCAACACACUCUGCCUCAGAUGCAGUGCACAGCAGCCCAGGUUCAGCCUCAGGUCCGGUUACAACAGCAACUCCAGACAGUGCAACAGGUACAGCAGCAGCAACCGCUCUUAGAACAUCAGCAGCAACAACAACAACACCUGAAGACUGUGCAACUCCAACAGGUACAGAAACAACAGCAAGAGUACCAAGAGCAGAUACAACUGCAGCAGCAGAAGCAGCAACACGCGUUGCAACAAUCUAUUCAACAGUUGCAGAUGCUGCAACAACAUCAGCAGCAGUCUGAGGUACAUUUGCAUCCCCAGCUCAGUCACACAGAGCCGUUACAACAACAGUGUAUGUCCCUGCAAUCACAGACAGAGAUGUUGCCGCUGGCACUGCAACUACAGACUCAGCAAAUGCCUGUCCAAAUGCAGAACGCACAGUACAACACACAGUUACACAUGCAACAGCUACACCAGUUGCCACCACCACAGCAAAAACAACCAGUCAUUUCACAGCAACAGGCAGCGAUUGACUUGCAGCCACAGCAUCAGCAACAGUUAACUCUGCAACAAGCACUGCAUAUUCAGCAGCAACAGCAAAUGCUCCAACAGCAACAGCAGCAGCAGCAACAACAGCAGCAACAGCAGCUGUCAGUGAACCAACAGUAUGUCCAACAACAAUCAGUACAGCCACUAAACAUGGCGCUGGUACAACAGCAAGCUCAACAACUCCCUCUCGAACAGACACAACAACUAGUACAGCAACAGCAGCAACAACAAAAACAAGAGGUUAACCCUCAGCAGCAGCAGGUGCCCCAGCAGGCUCCUCCCCAGAAGCAAACGUCAUUACAACAGUCAGAGUGGAAGAGGUCUACAGAGGAGGACAGUGUGACAGAGGAUAUAGGCAGUCACUCUGCCCCUCUACAUCCCUCCUCAGACUUAUCUUUGCCCCUCAACAUUAACACAACCUCCGAUGCCGCCUUACUGCCCCUCUCCCUCACCUUGACCCCAUCCCCAGUCCAACCAUCCUCUGUGGCCGAGUCGGACAGCGAGGGCCCUCCCAAAAUCGAGUUUGUAGACAACCGCAUUAAGACUCUGGAUGAAAAGCUGAGGAACUUGUUGUAUCAGGAGUAUAGUAGUGGGGCAGCUGUGACGGGGGGAGCUGCUGUGGCUUCUACCGCAGGUGCCACCGCAGUGUCAGCAGCCUCCACAUCGGCAGGAGGGGAUGAAUCCUCGGAGCCGCACUCGCUCCAACCCUCCUCCUUCCCUCCUCCCGUGUUGUCAUCCUCAGACACCUCUCCUCACUCUUCCUCCUCCACCACCUCCUCCACCUCCUCCCGCUCCUCCUCCACCUCUCCUGACCUGGAAAGGGGGAGAGGAGUGGGGGAAGAGGCUCCACCAGCAAGCCCGGUGGAGCAGCAGCCCGGCCCGUCUCUCUCCUCCGCCUCCCUCGCUUCCUCCCUUCUUGCCUCCCCACACGGAGACUCGGCCGGGCCCCCGCCUAUCCCUGGAGAACCCACUGUUUUUGUAAGCUGCCCCCCUCACUCUGACACCAGUACCCCAGGAGAAGUCACUACGUGGCCCGCAAAUCUGCACCCCGUCCCCCUGGGCCCUGGAUCGCCGCCACAGCACAAUGCAGGAGGUGGAUAUUUUGGCCUAAACCUGACAUGUCCUAGUAUCAGAAAUCCCGUUAGCAAGAAAUCCUGGACUCGCAAAUUCAAAAGCUGGGCUUGCAAACUGCGCCACUCCGCCAGCUUGUUCAAGAAGCCCAGAGUCCAGCAAGACGGUCACUUUAGUGGCAGUCAGGCAGUCAGAGAGGAGAGAGAGGGGGCUUCCUCCAACCCUCCCCACUCACUCAAGGGACGAUUUCAGGUCACCCCAGUGCCCCAGCCCCCUGAGGCCUCUCCCCCCAAGGAGGCAGCCUGUGGUAUGGGCAGCAGCCACAGGAAUGUGGGGCGCUUCUCUGUGACCCAGACGGAGAACCAGAAAGAGGAGAAAGAACUGACGGACAGCUGCCCUGUGUCUCCUGACCUGGAGAGAGAGAGGAGGAGGACCCGAGGGAAGGAGGUAGAGAGGGAGGAGGGGAAGAGGACUCCAGCACUGAGCCACCCACCCCGAGGACAUGGUCACGGGCAUGGUCAUUCUCCCCUGGGCAGUAGUGAUGAUGAGGAGAGUGAGAUGGAGGAUGAAGACCUGAGGAAGGAGCUGCACACGCUGAGAGAGAAGCACAUCAAGGAGGUGGUGUCCCUCCACGCUCAGCAGAACAGAGAGCUCCAGGAGCUGUACAGACAGCUGCGCUCCCUCAAAGACCACCGGCAGACCCUGCCCCGCACCCCACCCUUCCCCUCAGGGUCCCCAGCCCUCUCCCCCCGCAGGCACAGGCCGGCCAAAGCCAAGCUCCGACCCAGACCCCACUCACACAUGGACAACAAUGGACUCGCUGGUCACCCCGGUAUACAACAGUCCAGUAGUUUCUCAGGGGGAGAACAGAGAAAACUGCUGCCAUACUGCAACCCAGAACAAAUCACCCUACUGACUACCAAAAGAGACCACAGUCCUCCCUCCCAGGGUGCCAGAAAGAGCAUGUUCACAGAUGACUUGCACAGACUGGUGGAUGAUUGGACGAAGGAGACAGUGGGUCCCGCCGCCCCCAAGCCCUCGCUCAAUCAGAUCAAGCAGAUUCAGCAGGUGCAGGAGUUGGGAGGGUGGCCACAGGCCACAGAGGUGGCUCCUCCUGGUUGGUUCCCUGUGGCACCACUGAACCCCCAGGCCUCCCCAGCCCCCUCCAGCCUCACUGCUCCAGCCCCAGCUCAGUACACCACUGGGGGGAGCCAGUGGAGUGGGGUGGGGGGACCACCAGGACCACAACAACAACAAACACACAUGCCUCCAGUCCCUCAGCUGCAUCAAAGUUUACACCUCCAGCAAGCCCAGCCUACUCACCCAUUACAGAUACAACCCCUAAUCCAGACUCUACUUUCUCAGUCCCUGUCUCCCGUAGAGCCACAGACAGGGCAACAACAGAUACCCCAGCAGCCCCAUUUAGGUGUAGGAACCCCACCUCCAAAUCAGAAUAAACCUCUGUUGCCUUCCCAGGUGUCCCCAUCGUCUCAGCUGGCCCUAGCUCAGCCUGGGUGUCUGAUUCCUGGGUCUAGCAACAAUGCGGUAGUGGAGCCCAUAGACACUGGCGCUGCUUCUGCCCCCGGUGGCUCCGGGGGGACAUUGUGCUUCUGCUCCUCCUCCUGCUCCUCCUCCUGCUCUGCUGCUGCUCGACCAUCCAGUGCCAAACUUCACCCCACACCCCCAACCUCCACUCUUCCUCUGGGACAGCAGUAAAAAGAAAAUGAGAGGGGGGAAGAGUGAGUUAAAUUAGGAUGGAACAAGGGAAGUAGAAAAAAAGAUGGAGAUGAUGGAUGUGUAAAAACCAUGUGGAAAGUUUGAGAGUGUGUAUGUUAUGAGAGGUAAUGUCUGACAAUGAGAAAAUGGACGCCAUUAUAUUUGUAAAGAUGAGAUGGGAAGUGAAUGUGAGAGAUGGUUGAGUCUAUGUAGACAGAAUAUGUACAGACAGAGGGCAAUAUGGAACUCUUGGGGGGGGGGUCAUGAUAUUGGUGUGUUUGAUAUGUACAAAAUUAGGUUGUGUGUGCGUGUGUUUGUGUUGCCAUUGAUUUCCUCAGUACAUAUUCCUUGUGUGUUUUGACACCAAGUAACAGUCAUGUUAUUUUUAAAAUCCAACUAAGUUUGACCCAGAACUCUUCCUCCCAAGCUGAAACAUGAAGGAACAGAAAACAUUGACAUAUUUUGUUUGUUUUUAUUUGUCAAUGCUUACUUAUAUCGAAAAGGACUAUGAAUUUUAAAAGUGCAAUUAGUAACUGUCAUCUAAAUUGUAUCAUCCUGUGAUGUCCUGAUUUGUCUGUGGUGGCGUUUAACCAAAUAAUUUUGUAGAAGCACGUUGACAACAACCAACCAAACAUUUACGCAUUAACUGACAUAUUACAUGAGUAUAGCACAAAUGUUUCAACAGGCUACCAAUGAGAUAUAAAGCAGGUGCAACAACAGCAUGUUACAGUAACACCACAGAGCAUGGUAAUAGUGGUGCUACCUGGCUAUUAUCACUACCACAAUGCCACUAAGCACACUGUUGUACAGUCUAGUGCACGGGCAAGGCAUGUACUUCAAAGGGAUUAUAAUUUUUUUACAUUGAUAAAUAAGUGUCAAUCAGUAGAUUAUAGAUUUUAAAUGACAUGUUGAGUAACAUGAUUAAAUUGUGAUCAAUAUAUGAAUAUAUUCAGUGAGCUUUCAUUGAAUAAACACUCAUCAAAACACUAAGACUGCAUGACCUUACGGCUGGCUACAAUGUACCUUGACUUGCCUGCAAUCUGCUUGCACUUGUGCUUAUAUUUCUUAUGUCUGCUGUUGUGCACAACAACAAACUCUGAGGUAAUUUAUUGAUCAGAAAUAAAUAUGUUUUAUUUGAGCUAGAAUCAAUUUGUUUUAGGGAAAUAUUGAAUUUCCUCAAUACCAAUUGCUACACUGCAUAUCAAAGGUGUCAUACAAGAAAAACAAACUGCCAAGUAAUUUUAUGGAAUGGGGAAACCAACUAUAUGGGCUGUCCUCAUAUUGCCUUUUAGAAUGAAUACUUUACUGUGUGUGUGUGUGACAGUUUUAUUUUGUGUGACAAUAGCUUUGUAAUAUUGCUGCACUGCAUCACAAAUCGAAUCCCCACUACUUCCAUAAAAGCAGACUAACAUUAGUUGUUACUGUACCAGAUUGUUUACCUAUAAAGCCCAUGAUGUAUUGGUUCUGUCUCUCCUCAAGGCGUCAAAGUCAGUUAAGUGAGUAGCGCUCGGACCCAUAAAGUCCAUAGUUAGUGCGUCCCAAAUGGCACCCUAAUCUUGUAAAGUAGGGUACCAUUUGGGACAUGGCUAUAGGGCUCCCGAGUGGCGCAGUGGUCUAAGGCACUGCAUCUCUGUGCCAGAGGCAACACUACAUACACCCUGGUUCGAAUCCAGGCUGUAUCACAACCGGCCGUGAUUGGGAGUCCCAGCGUGUCAUUGUAAAUAAUAAUUUGUUCUUAACUGACUUGCCUAGUUUGAUAAAGGUUUAAUUCAAAAAGUGUCAUUGAAAAAAAAAUAGUUUGUUAGACCGCAUUGUGAGAGCCUUUUUCUGGAUUUAAGUAUUAGUGAACAUUUUUGUCCUUAACAAGUUAUUUUACGUGUGAAUUACUCUUGUAAAUUCGACUAGAAGGAUCUUUAACAGAUCUGCAUGCACACAGCAAAAGGUUUACUGACUUCCAUUUCUCAACUUACUCCAGUGAGUGACAGGGAUGCACAUGGACAAUGAGAUCCAGUACAAUCAUCAUUGCAUUUAGCUAUACAUAAAAUUUUGACCAUUGAUAAAUACAUUUUCUGAAAGCUUACUUGGUACUAUAAGUUUUAUAGUUAAAUCAGUAUUUCUGAUUUUAUUUAAAUGUAUAAUGAUAGAGUUUUUCCCACAGCAAAGAGGAGAUGGUAGAGCAUGUGAAAGACUGUUUCAUUAGUGAGCUGAAACUCACUAAAACUAAUGAAAGUGGAAGGAGGAAAAACAAAACAUUCAUUUUGGGGAGCUAAAACAGUUGGUGCUUAUAGUUGUUCACAAACUUUAACACUUUACCAAUUGCAUAUGAAUAUAUAGUUUAACAUAAUGGUUUUCAGUAUUUAUGUUUUAUUUUUAUGAGACAACCCACAUUUUCACAGUAAAAUAGUUUAAUAUUAUUAGUGGAGGGGAGGAAGUUACUGUGCUGUCAAGUCAAUACUAACAUGUUGACUAUAUGUCACAGCUUUGAUGAUAUUCAUGAAAAGGACAUGUGGAACUCGCCCUGAUGUGUUACCAAAAUGUAAUCUAAAGGAAAAAAAAUAUUAUUUUUGUAUUUUGAAAUGGGGUUGUACAAAAUGUAAAAUCGUGUUCUUCUGAUCAGUAUUUUAAAAUAUAUCUGAGGUUAUCUGACACUAGAAAACAUUGCUUCUCAUCUCUGUUGGAGUCCCCCCAGGAUAUAUUCUAUUCCUCUCAGACUUUGUGUUGAAACAGAGUAAUAGCUACAUCAUGUUUCAAUUGUGAGAGGUUUUGUCAGUAUGGUUCUAAUCAUAGAGAUAUACUGUAUCAACUUGUUUUAUCUCUACGGAAACUUGAUUCACUGGACAAACAUUGAAACACCGUCAAGAGGUAGGCCUAGACUACCUUUAGGCCAUUGGGCUCAUCUAACACACACUUGUCCUGAUAUUACACCUGACUGAGAACCAAUGAUUUAGAAGGACAUUUAAAUACAAAAACCUAUAAAUAAAAUGUAUGUUUCUGGUGAUUUAACCUCUGUAAUAUUGUAACUAAUUCAAUUGUUGAUUUUAUUUAUGUUUUUGUAACUAAUCAAAAUAAAUGGUGUUAAACAUCAAACUGUUAA